CGCGUCUCGCCCAAUUUUCCGCAAUUAAAUUCCACCAGCAAAGCUAUCAACAAAUAUGCUGUCAGGCCACAAACCUUCUAUAUUGUACUUUUAGAAAAGUAAUAUUUGUUAAAGUGAGCGUGUGAGUGCUGGGAUUCGAAUCUACGGAAGUCCUUUUCGUUUGUGCUGUGCUGUUGUUGUUUUGUUGCUUUGGCUACUGCUGUCGCCCUGUAUACGCCCUUGCGUAUAACAAUGGACAUGGAAUACGCCAACAUCAAUGAAUUUAAUGACCGCGACCUAGCGACACGCAUGCGCAACAGCAAUUAUGAAAAAUACAAGUCUCUGGUGCGCAUGCACCGAUUUAUGGGUUGCAGGUUGGACAUGCCGUGCCAUGAAAUCGUCUACGAAGAUAAGGGCAAGAUAAAGAAGUGGAAUCGCCUCUCCAAGAAGAAUCGCGGACCUGCCACAGGCUGCACGUCUGGGGCAGGCAGUAAGUCGGCGGGCAACAGUCCCACUGAAACGCUGCAGCAACAAAUUGAUGCAGGCUUUCUGAUGCACCUGGAGGAGCUCAAAGAGUUUCUUAUGCUGGAGAAGAAUCUCACCCAGGAAGGACUAUUUCGCAAGACAGGAGCCGUUUCCAGGCAGAACGAGCUACGAAUGCACAUACAGCACGACCAGCCCUUGGAUUUGGAACUGAAAGGAUUCUCGGCUCACGACUGUGCCACUGUUUUUUAAGAGCUUUCUGGCCGAGCUGC